CAGGUGUCUACAAUGAACCCGAGUGCAGUUCAACAGAAUUAGAUCAUGGUGUUUUAGCUGUGGGUUAUGAUACAACAGCGAAAAAACAAGAUUAUUACAUUGUCAAAAAUUCAUGGGGUGAAUCAUGA